GGCUCUAUUUGCAUUGCCUCAUUCAUCAAAUGCUGUCACUUGAUAUUGCUUAAUCCAAGUGUGUGUAUAUAAGCAGAGUUAGAAUAUAACUGCCUCAACUACUACCAAGUGUUAACGACAGGAAACCUCAUCAUUUGAAACCAGCCCUUCAUUGUUUAUAACUUAGGUUGAGACAAUUGAACUAAUACUAUAUUUAAUCCAAUAGAAGCCUGAAAAAUAAGGCUUGAAAUGAAGUAUUCAACCACCAAAAUUCCCCCAGCAAAUAUGAACAACUCAGCAGGAAAAGCCUCGGCAAAAUCUUCCAGGUUGAGAAAAUCCCAACAGAAGGGCAAAGAAAUUUGCCAGGUGUACUUUAUGCAGCUACGCUCUGGCCUUAUCAUAGAAAAAAAGGCCUGUUACUUUAGGAAAGAAACCACCGAAAGGCAUUCACCAAACUCAGCUGAAGAUUACAAAGAGCCAAAUCUGCUAUUUGCUACCUGUCAGAAUCGCCUGCAACACUUUGAACGAUCGGCGGGGGCCUCUGCUUUUAAAAAAUCUAUGGUCCAGGAAACUACUAGAACAAUUGAUGAUUCAAGAAUCCUAGGUGUGACUGGUUACAGGUGUGGUGUAGAAUAUCGUUCUGUUUCCCUGAGCACAUACGACAAUCAAUCCAUUACUUUUGUUGUUGGGGAUGAAGGUUAUUACAUCAAUGUUGACGAUUUGGGGACAGAAGGUGAGAAAGACAAAGUGUUAUUCCAUCUCUAUGACUCACAGCUAGCUGCAAGUGGAACAGGUGAUGAUGUUGAUGGUCACAAAGUAAUGGUAAGGAUGAGUCCUGCAAAUAACAAAGACUUUUUGCUGCAUGCCGAGGAGCACUCUGUGAAGGUACAAAAAUAUGAAAAUUCGUUGCCAGACCAGACCUUAUUUCUUCUUCAUAAAGAGCUCGGGCCCUCAAAAUGCGUUUCCUUUGAAUGUAACAGCAAACCUGGAGUGUAUCUAGGAGUAGAGGGUAACCAUCUUGCUCUAAUUGAACCAAAUGACCAAACUGCACAUUUAAGAAGAAAGAAUAUCAUAUUUAAGCUCUCUGAAAUGUAAGAUGUUGGAAAGUUGUGAAUCCUGGGUUGAGUAGCCCAAAGAGCUACCAUUGAAGAGAUUGUCAAAAAAAAGAGAGAGAGACAGAUAACAUUUAAGGGAAAUGGAGAGUACUUAACAUGCUGUGGAAUAUUUUACGCAUUAUGUUAAAAUUAUAUAUAUUUUUUGUAAUCCUCAGUUUUGUUUUUUAUUUCCCUCUGUAUCACUGCAUAUUCAAUACAAGUAUUGGUAUAUUAAAUAGGUUAUUGGUAAAGCAGCCCGCCAAUAUUCUAAAAACAUACAGACCUUUACUUUUUCUACUUUCAGUCCAGAGAGAACUUUACAUUUAGAGCUGAGAUCUCUGGGGAGAAACAAGCCUUAGCCCAACUCUCAUUUUAGACAGAGAUCCAUUUUAAAGAGCUACAUACUUUCCCCUGGUUCCAAACAAUGGGCUCAAACACAAGAGCUGCUAGUAAAAACAAGAUGCUGCAUAGAGUGACUAUUUCACAAAUACCAAGUUAGUAGAUGCCCAAAACUUCAGGUGCCUACAUGGCUAGACAGGUUAUAUAUAUAUAUAUAUAUUAAAAAGGUAAAGAUAAUUUCAAAAUUAAGAAAAAUAAAUCCAGUAUAGAUUUGUGAAGUGAGUAAUUUCACCUCUAAUUUUUCAUUUUAAAAAUUCUGAUUUUUAUAGACCGAGUUAACUAUAAAUAAAGCAAGACAUUUUUUGCAUUAGGAAGUGAAAUAAAUUUUAGUUCAGACAUAGAAUUAGAAUGAUUAGGAAUAAACUAAAACAUUUUUUUUUAAAAGCACUAAGCCACAACGUAGGUUAGGUGGGGCCCGAGGUCCAAGAUGGAACACAAAAUUAAUAUUACAAUUUCAAUAACUGGCCAGCCCUCAUGUUGGUGGCAUACGAUGUCCCUCUGACCCAAACUUCCAGAAGUCAAUGACUUUUAAUAUUCUUGUCACCUUGGAUAAAAUUUCUUCUAACCCUUUGUUGUCCAACUUACCAAUGACACUACUUACAAUUAAUUAUGUAUUUGAUUUCUAUUUUACUUUCAUUUCUUUUGACCAACUGUAUUCUUGAUAUACCUUUGGCAUCCCAAGCUUCAUUUCCAAAUUACCUGACAUAUGAAUGCCAGAACCUUUAUUCUGCUUUGUCUACCUGAUAUAAAACUUUACAUAAACUUAUUGAUGGCAAUAUUUUUAUUAAACAUCUUCGUGUUUUACUGUUACUAAGGUAGUAAAAUAAUUUAUAUUCAACCAUAAUAACAUUUCAACUACUAAUGGAAUAGUUUCUGCUUAUAUUAAGGCCUUAACAAUUUCUGCUACAAUUUUUCAUAGGCUUAACACUGAUAAUAAAUGAUAAACAUAAUAAUGGAAUACAUAUGAAAUAUGACUUUUUCUUAAACUGUAGGCACUUUGAUUUCUAAUUUGUUGAAAUCUACUGGAUAUAAUUGCUGGUGGAACAUAAGAUAAAAAUGGUUGAGAAUUGUAAUAUAGGGGCAAACAAGUGUAGAACAAUAUAACUUUGUUACAUUACUUUGCCAAUAAUUUUACUACUAUAGAGACAAAAAAAGCAAAAUCUAUUUCAUCUCCUCUGAAAAACACUAAAUAUUGACUAUGUGCAUUUUGUAUAACAUACUUAAAAUAAUUAUAUUAUUAAGUAACCAAAUAUAUCCAUUACAUCAUUUAUAUUCUUAAAUAAACUAUAUUUUUCAAAAGUA